AUGGUGCAGCAGGAGCUUUCUCUCUCUUCUCUAUCAGGCUUCCCUUCCUUAGGGGAGGCGAAGGAUCCCCCUCUGCCUGCGGGUGCUUGGGGUGUACGUGCUGCAGCAGCAAAGGUUGCAGCAGCAGCAGCAGCUGCUGCUGCAGCUGAGUCUGCUCCUCCCCAAUCCUCUACAGCACAAACAGCUGCAGCAGAUGCAGCAACAGACGCAGCAGCAGGUGCAUCAGCAGAUGCAGCAGCAGGUGCAACAGCAGAUGCAACAACAGAUGCUGCAGCAGCAACAUUAGGCCCUAAGAUGUCUCCUUCUCUUGCUGCAUGCGCUACUACCGAGGGAGAAGGAGACGAUGAUGAUAAUCUACUGUCUCCUCAGGUAACAACUCCUCAUAGUCCUAAUAGUACCACGACCUCUGUAGAGGGGACGAAUACAACAGGACAUGAUGAGGGCAGCAGCAGGAGCAGCAGCAGCAACAGCAGCGUAAGGGAGGAUCCAGAGCCACAUGAACAGGUGCAGGAUCAGGAGCACGAUCAAGUGCAACAAGAGCAGCAGCAGAAGCAGCAGCAGCAGCAGCAGCAGCAGCAGCAGCAGCAGCAGCAGCUAUUUGAUACUACCGGUAACAGGGGAGGAGAAGAUGUAUCUAAUGAUUGUGUAGACGAAGUAUCUCCUUUUGGGGAUCGUGGGGAUCGUGAUGCUAGUGAGGAUAGUGGGGAUCGUGUGGAUGGGGAUCGUGUGGAUCGGGAUCGGGAUCGUGUGGAUCGGGAUCGGGAUCGUGUGGAUCGGGAUCGGGAUCGUGUGUAUCGGGAUCGGGAUCGUGUGGAUCGGGAUCGGGAUCGGGAUCGUGUGGAAGAUGAAGAUGUAGAUAGGGAUCGUGUAUUAUAUAUGCGUGAUUUUUUAUCAGUUUUAUCGCGUGUAGAGUUACUAGAUGUAUUAAGUAAAUUAGCAGCAAAAAAAGAAUAUGUAUAUAAUGCAUGCAAAGAAACUAGUGCUGCACAUAUAGCUAUGCAUGCAUAUCCAUUCUCUACACUACCAAGACACCAGCAGCAGCAACAGCAGCAACAGCAGCAACAGCAGCAACAGCAGCAACAGCAACACGAGGAACAACUGCAACAGUUGCAACAGCUGCAGCUGCAACAACAGGAAACACGAUUACUAGUACGUAAUCUGCAUGCAGAUAUAACUGAGGAUACACUCCGUGGUGUAUUCAUAGAUGAUGGACUUUUAUCUAUUUAUAUACCCAAGGAUAUACAAGGAAAUAAUAAAGGUUAUGCAUUUCUUUCUUUUUCUUCUCCUUUUUAUGCAUAUAAAGCUAUGCAACAUAAUAAAAGAAAUAUUAAUGGUAAAAUUAUUUAUCUACAUUAUGCAUCCUCAUCCUCUUCUUCCUCUAAUAAACAGCAGCAGCAGCAGCAGCACCAGCAGCAGCAGCAGCAGCAGCAGCAGCAGCAGCAGCAGCAGCAGCGACAGCACCCUACUCCUGCUGCUGCUGAUGGUGCUGAUGGAUAUGGUGCUGUUGAUGGUGCUGAUGGAGAUGAUGCAGCAAUGCAGGAGGGAGGGGGCCCUAGGGGCCCCUCGGUACCCUCUAAUCCAGAAGAAGAAGAAGACGAUAACAACAAUAGUAGGGGAGGAGACGGGGCCCCUACAGCCGGGGCCCCUAACUCUACACAUCCUCAUAAAUCGUACAACAGAAGAUCCACCAUGAAUGGGGGAGGGGGGGCCCCAUCAGAGGCCCCUACUCGUGGUGGCGGGUCUCAGCAUGCAGCAGCAUCGGGGGCCCCAUCAGGUGCAGCAGGUAUAGGAGGGGUACCCCAUAGGGGCUCCUCUUCUCGUUCCUCACAAGGAACAUCUAAUAGCUGGAAGGGAGGGGGGGGGCCCCUUUAUGGGUAUGAAGGUCGUCCCCGUAACAGGAGACAUGCUAAUGACCUCAGGGGCCCCCCUAUGGGGCCCCCACCCCUUGCGGCCGUCGGAGUUCCUAUGGCCGCGGGGCCCCUUCCAGGUGGGCCCCUUGCAGCAGGUCACUUGCCCGGUGGGCCCCUCCCAGGUGGGGGGCCCCUAGCAGGGGCCCACCUUCCAGGGGGGCCCCCACCACCGCAGCAACUAGGAGGAGAUGGUCUUGUGUAUGGGGAUGGUACUUAUGGGGAUUUAUAUAGAUAUGCAUUGUCUCCUUAUCCUUUUAUGCCUCUGCAUGCACAGGGUACCCAAGGGCCCCAUGAUAUAAAGGGGCCCCUUGUUGCUGCUUCUGCUGCUUAUGCACAUCUUUUAUCUUAUCCGCUUGCCCCUUUCUAUCCUAUUCCCCCUGAUGUGCAGCAGCAGCACUACGCCAGCCAUACACAAAUAAGAGACAGGGCACUCCUGCAGCAACAGCAGCAGCAGCAGCAGCAGCAACAGCAGCAACAGCUGCAGCAGCAGCAGCAACAGCAGCAACAGUUGCAGCAACAGCAGCAGCAACAACAACAGCUGCAGCACUAG